GGAGGGAGAGACCGGGAAGCCCGGGGCUGCUAGCGCGCAGGCGCACUGGCUGGCACCUGGCUACCCGCUGCCGCGGAAUUAGGCAUCGUCUGCCAGGAUUGCGAGACAAGAAUGGUCGGACUGGUGAUGUCUGUGAGCCCUCCUCAGUGCCCCUGGGGCUGAGGCUCCACCAGCAGCCAUGGGGCUACACUGGCCCCAAGCCCGGCUGUUGGGCCUGCCCACAGCCGUGGUAUAUGGCUCCUUGGCUCUCUUCACUUCCAUCCUGCAUAAUGUGUUCCUGCUGUAUUACGUGGACACCUUCGUCUCUGUGUAUAAGAUCAACAAAGUGUCCUUCUGGGUUGGAGAGACUGUGUUUCUCCUCUGGAACAGCUUCAAUGACCCCCUCUUCGGCUGGCUCAGUGACCGCCAGUUCCUCAGCUCCCAGCCCCGGUCAGGAGCAGGCCUCUCCUCCAGAGACGUGGUGCUGACCCGGGUCCAGGCUCUGGGCUGGCAUGGGCCGCUGCUGGCACUGUCCUUCCUGGCAUUCUGGGUGCCCUGGGCCCCUGCUGGCUUACAGUUCUUGCUGUGCCUGUGCCUUUAUGAUGGCUUCCUGACACUCGUGGACCUCCACCAUCAUGCCUUGCUGGCGGACCUGGCGCUCUCAGCCCACGACCGCACCCACCUCAACUUUUACUGCUCCCUCUUCAGUGCAGCUGGCUCCAUGUCUGUCUUCGCCUCCUACGCCUUUUGGAACAAGGAGGACUUCUCCUCCUUCCGUGCCUUCUGUGUGGUACUAGCUACUGGCUCUGGGCUGGGCUUUCUGGGGGCCACACAAUUGUUGAAGCGGCGGAUUGAGGCAACCAAAAGGGACAGGGGUUGCCCGGGCCUGGACAUGGAUGGUGGCGUGUGUGACGAGGAGCCGCUGGUGGGCGGUGAGGAAGCAGGCAGCAUCACCUUGGGCCAGUACCUCCGGCAACUGGCGCGCCACCAAAACUUCCUGUGGUUCGUGGGCAUGGACCUGGUACAGGUGUUCCAUUGUCACUUCAACAGUAACUUCUUCCCCCUCUUCCUGGAGCACUUGCUGUCCGACCACAUCUCCCUCUCCACUGGCUCCUUCCUGUUGGGCAUCUCCUAUGUUGCACCUCAUCUCAACAACCUGUACUUCCUGCCCCUGUGCCGGCGCUGGGGUGUCUAUGCAGUGGUGCGGGGGCUCUUCCUGCUCAAGCUGAGCCUUAGCCUCCUCAUGCUGUUGGCUGGCCCAGACCACCCUGGCCUGCUUUGCUUCUUCAUUGCCAGCAACCGUGUCUUCACUGAGGGUACCUGUAAGCUGCUGACCCUGGUGGUCACUGACCUGGUAGAUGAGGACCUGGUGUUGAACCAUCGGAAACAGGCAGCCUCGGCACUCCUCUUUGGCAUGGUUGCCCUGGUGACCAAACCUGGCCAGACCUUUGCCCCACUGCUGGGUACCUGGCUUCUCUGCUUCUACACAGGUCAUGACCUUUUUCAGCAGCCCCCAAUGACUUCUGUGGGGAGCGUUCGGCCAUGGCCCGAGCCGCCAGCCCCCGCCCCCGCGCAGGCUCCCACACUCCGCCAGGGUUGCUUCUACCUGCUGGUCCUUGUUCCCAUCACCUGUGCACUGCUGCAGCUCUUCACCUGGUCCCAGUUCACGCUGCAUGGGAGACGCCUACGUGUGGUCAAGGCCCAGCGUCAGAACCUGGCCCAGAUCCAUACGCUGAACAUUAAGAUAGUGUGAGAGGUCUGGCAGAGCCACUGUGCUGAGAUCAUUGCCCUAGCCCCAGAAGCAACCUCUCUUGCCAGCUAGCAUCCUGCUUCCUCACCAGUCCAGAGAACAGAUGGUGUCCGGGAGCUCCUGGGGCCAAACCAGGAGCAUCACCAAGGUCUGCCCUUCUUUAGUCAUGUGACUCAGCUUGUGCAAGGGCUGGGCUGUAUGUGCUCAGGGACCUGCGACUCCUGUGGGGCAGGAAGAAAAGGAGGACCAGAAAGGGUAGGGCUGAGUGUGGUGUCCAGGGGCUGCCUGGGACCUGUAGCUGGGGCUGGCCACUCGGUGGGCUUAGGAGCUUCUGAUGCUGUGACUACCCCUUUUGCCCACUCAGGUGAAGCUGACUGAAAGUGCCACUUGCCUCUCCUUCUAGUAGUUUCUCUCAGAGGGUUCUCUGCUUCAGCUGUGCUUGAAGUGGCAUGCCCUCUCUGCUAUAGCCCGCCCCCCACCCCACCCCCAAGCUCAGCCUCUAAACGCUAAAGAGGUUCAUCUCAUUACAAAUCAAGUAAAGCCAGUCAUUCCGA